GGUUUGCAGUCCACCCUAGAACAGGAUGGCCAAUGCACCUGGGACACUAUGGUGGUCCGGAGAGAAUGGGGAGACAUGACUACGGAAGCAAAACAAGACUACAUCUCGGCAUUACAUUGCAUGAAAAGAUUACCCUCUCAAACCAGCCGAAUAGAAUUUCCCGGUGCCCGUUCUCGCUUCGAUGACUUUGCAGUAGCCCAUCUCAUCAACACGGAGACGGUGCACCGCUCACCCUGGCUCGCCAUCUGGCAUCGACAUUACGUCUGGACGCUCGAACAAACCAUGCGAGAAGAAUGUGGCUACCAAUAUGGCCUUCCAUACUGGCACUGGUCCAAAUACCUCGCAGAAGACCCAACCCAGUCCGACCCGGAGUCCUGGCCCCUCUUCGACGGCAGCGAGACGUCCAUCUCCGGCAACGGCACACAAACAGGCCCACAAUGUUCAUGCAUCCAAACCGGCCCUCUCGCCAACUGGACCAUCAACUUCGGCCCUACCACCAACGGUUGGGGCUGCUCUCGCAACCCACGAGGCGACGGAUACGGGUAUAAUCCGCGUUGCAUCGAACGUGCAUUCAGCGUCAGCGAUCUCGCCCAGCUCCAAUACAGCGAUGUCGUCAAAACCGUUGAUGAGGGAGCCACCGCCAACGAUUUUGCUAGUCUCCUCGAACUGAUCGCUCCAAGCACGCAUAACGCUCCGCACUUGUUCAUGGGCGGCACGCAAAUCGAAGUUCCCUUUUCGAGUCAGGAUCCUUGGUUUUUCUUCCAUCAUGGUAUGGUGGAAUUUGUGUUUGCCGUUUGGCAGAGUGUGGAUUACGAUACGAGAACGACGACAUUGCCCGAUCCGGAGAUUUUUAAUGAUAUUCGCGCAAACGGCUGGAGUUUACCCGUGCCGAAUCCCACGCUGGAUAGUGAGAUUUAUCUGUCAACUGUGUUUGAGAAUAUUACGGUCAGAGAUGCCAUGUGGACGAAUCGGAAUAGCUAUUGUUACCGGUAUGAGUAG